ACCCGAGUUUGAAAGCUGCCCCACCCCUUUCCCUCCUCGCCUACGAGUCCAAGACAAACCGAUCUAUCUAAAAAAAUUUGGUUUGACAUUGACUCGAUUCAAUUGCUGCCUUACUGGCGAAGCCAAUGCCAUAUUAUAAUUAGCACACCGAUCUCCACUUCUCUCUUCCUCUCCACUCUCUCACGCACACCCACACUGCAAUGGAGGAGCCUCUGCUUUCAUCAGAGAGAAACGGUGAAUUGGGAGAGAAGGGGAGUGAGAAAUGGAGCUCGUACCAGUACGUGGGAAGAGCUGGGUCGGUGAUUCCGACGGCGGCGUUGGCCGGGACUGAAGUCAGCGUGGAGGAGAUACGGUCGGCGGCUACUUAUUCCGACCACUACCCGCCUUCUCUUCGUGCUGCUUUGGUUAGUCCGCAGGAGCCUGAUCCUUCUGGUGUGCAAAUUUGUGUUUUGAGGAUUACAAAGUUGGGCUUACUUUCUAGUUAUGAAUCUCUGCUGUUUGCCAUUGCUCUGUCAUCAGAUGGGACUCUUCUUAAAGAUAUAGCAAUACCAGAUGAAGUGGAGAUACGAGAGUUGCUUAUUGAUCAUGUUGGCCAUAGAUGCUGUUGGGGAAGUCAUCCUGCACGGACCUGGAAGAUCGAAAAAGUAGAAGAUUGCAACCUUUAUGUGGGAACACUAGAUACUUUCAUUGAAGAAAGGGAAACCAUAAGAGAAACACAGCCAUAUCUUGGUGGCAGUAUUGAUGGAAAAGAUAAGGGACCAGAACUUGGAAUCUGGGCAUUGGAUUUAAAGUCUCAGUUUCCUGUUAUAUUCAUACCCCAUCAUGAAUCACGGGCAAUAAUUCCGCAUUCUGAGUCCAUUGAAAAAUGUUCAGGUUGUGGAGGAAGAGGAGAUAUUGUGUGUCCUAAAUGCAAUGCAAAUCAAGAACCUGGAUUCUACAAAGAAAAUCAGAUGGCUCAGUGUUCUGCUUGUUAUGGAAGGGGUUUAAUUGCUCAUAAAGAUGGAUCUGAUUCAAUAUGUGGGAGUUGCAAUGGUAAGGGAAAGAUCCCCUGUGCAAGUUGUGGAUCUCGUGGUUUAAUAAGAUGUUUGACAUGCCAAGGGAGUGGUUCUCUUUUGACACACAAAGUUGCUGUUGUUAAAUGGAAGACACUUUCAACCAGAAAGGUGAGCGCGGCAAGCGGAGCAGCAUCUGUGCCAGAUGAUGUUUUCCACAGAGCGAAAGGAGUCCAGUUGUGCAACACUCAGGCAUACCCGUGCAGUUCAGCCUUCUUUGCCGACUCUUUCUUUCUUAACCAGUUCUCCUCCGAAGUCAUUGCAGACAGAGCUCCUGUACCUCUCACUGCAAGGGUGAUUAGUGAGAGGCAUACCAUCUCUGUUGUGCCGGUGACACGCGUCACCAUGGCUCAUCGCAGUCGGUUGUUCAGCUUCUAUAUCAUCGGGUUUAGCAGGGAGGUGUACUUAAAGGACUACUAUCCACCCAGGUUUUGCUGGGGGUUGUGCCCUUGCUUGGAGUGGUUGAAGUUGUAAAGUGGAAGAUUGUCAUCUUCAAGAGUGAAACGGUUAUAAUAUUUUGUGCACACGAGUAUAUAGUGGCGGCCGGUAGCCUUUGGUCAAAGAAAGGCCUUAGAUUCGAUUCACACAAUUGCAACGACGAUAUAUUGUUGUAAAGGGUAUGAAACUAAGUUUUGCUCCAUUGUGAUUUGUUGUGGACGAGUUAUCGCUCCAUUGUAAAAGUAUGUUUACAAAUAGAUUUAUAUCAUUUGUUAUAUAAGAAAAUAAAAUGAAUAAUAUUAUUGUGGUUUAUAA